UUGAGAAAGCGUAUUUUGAAAAUUUCGAAUCUUUUAAUUCGAACCACCGGAACGGACACAUGAUGUUGACGGCAUUCAAUACGAUGUAUUCAAGGAGUAAUAUGGCGACUAUGAAAUCGGUCCAUAGCAUAAACAAUGAUGAUAACGUUUAUCAAUACGAAGUACAACUCAAUUCUAAUGGGCCGAUGCGUAUAGGAUGGGCCACUCAAAAGUGUACGUUUACCGACGAACUGGGAGUAGGAGAAACAGAAAAUUCGUAUGGUUUCGAUGGUUAUCGUUUAGAAAAGUGGAGUAUGUCUAAUGCGACGAUGUACGGUCGAAAAUGGAGGGUCGGAAAUAUAAUCGGUUGCACUAUUGACUUAACACACAAGUCUAUGGAAUUUUUCAAAUUUGCCCACUUCUUGCAUAUUAUAUCUCCGACCGAUGAAAUGCUCGAAAAAAUGAUACCACGUGUAUAUUGGAGUAUAGAGAAUGUGGAUUUGGCGGAAGAUAUGCAAAACAAAUUGGUAAAGAAUUUCCCUCAAGAUUAUAGGAAAUGUAAAGCGUCUUACAACGAAGCGGGUGAAAAAAUAAAAAAAAUAUUAAAUCAAUUAGAAAAACUUCAAAUAAUAUUUCUUAAAACCUUACUAAACGACAAUGAUCAAACUGACACAGUGGUGAGCUCCAGAGUUUUAUUUAGUAGAAGAUUUCAAAGUUUUACCCAAGAAAAUAUGAUUUAUUGGAGGAAUGAUCCUAUUUUAAAAUUACCGGGUCCGGUAUUGUUAAGUACGUUCUUUCGUAUGUCAUUUCUAUUACGUGAACUAUGGACUGAAGAACUAACAGCCGGAGAAAAUUUAAGAAUACACCCAAAUAUUUUUUAUUUGGAAAACUACAAUUUUUUUGGAAUUGAACGAAUUGGAGGCACAUUUUCGUAUCUGAAAAACACAUAUAAUGAAAAUAUUAAAUCGAAACUAGGACCUCCGUUCGACAGCCGAAAUGAUGAUGACAUUGAAAUCGACGUUGAGGAUGAAAUGAUAGAAAUUAAUUCAGCAGCUGGUUUGAUUACCGUUUUAACAAGGAUCAUUAGGAAUACUGAAGACAGAAAUGCAAACGCCCAUAUCGCCGAUACUGUCAUGAAUAGAAUAUUGUCAUUUGAUCAUUUGCCUACUGACAAAAAGCAUGUAUUUUCUGUGCUGCUGAACAAUAUAAUGUGCUUAUAUCACGUAGCUAGCCAUAGGCAGUUAAUUGAAUAUGUAGCUUUUAAAGACAGAUUAGUCGAUUUAUCGAUAGAUUAUGCUAUAGUAGAUUAUGAAUUAAGAAUUUCCAACGAAAAUGUGGACAUGUUAGAGCACACUCUUAAGGACAUUGAAAAAAGAAUUUGUUUAUCCAUGAGGCAUGUAGCCUGGCUGAAGAGUUUGAUAUUUUUAGGCGCAAAUGAACAAAUUUUAGAAUGGAUUCUCUCGAUCGUUUCGAACACGGUAAAAUAUUGUUCAGAUGUUGAAGACGAAUUGUUCAGAUUUGUCCCAGAAUUUUAUAUAGAUAAUAUGAUGGGAUUAGCUGUUCUAUUGCCUGAUUACACUAACGUAAUUCAGAAGUUUGAUGCUAUUAUAGUUGCUAAAAAAUGGCUAGCCAUGUUAAUUGCUGAAAUAUUACUUGACAUUUUAAAUGAUCAUAGAAUAAUCCAUCCGAAAACCAAAGAAAUCAUUUUACAAGGAGUCACUUUGUAUUUGACUAACCCUAAAUCAGUUGUUAUUCUCCAAUCAGUUGGAAAAAGAUCACGACUGCGUGCGAUCAAAUCAAUUUUAAAACCGACGGAGCGAAAAAUGUGGAUCAAAACCAAUUUAAUAUUGAUGUUAAUUUGGUACGGUUCUGGAUUUGCAUUUCGUUAUGUACGACCGCCUCAUCUAAAAAAUAAACACAUCUCUACACAAGGAGCACUUGAAGAAAUUGUGUUUUCUAACAUGGGCACUGUACGACCACCUGCUACCGUGUUACAAAAUGACAUACGAACGGUUAUAGCUCAAGACAAAGAAAUGGCGUCUAAUUUUAUCAAUAACUCUUUGAAUUAUCUAAACUGGGCUUUUUCUGAGUUCAUAAGUUUAUUCCAAGAAAUAAAAGAUAUAAACGAAAACAAUUCUCUUGUUUUUUCGUCGGAAGAAGAGAACAAGCUAAAAAUGUGUGGUAAAAGUUUUAUUUACACUGUAACAUUAUUACGUGUUAUUGAAAUGAUGAUUCAUUUUGACCGUAAUAUCAUAAUUGACCAAGAAGGAUCACUUGGCAGAGUUUUUCAGUUAAUAUGUCAAAUUCUCAACCGUAUAAAUGCCUCAUCUUCUACGUUUAGCCGAAUUUUUCAAUCAUCUUUACCGCAUAUGGAAUGUGUACAUAAGUUUACAAUUCUUGUAGCGACAACUGGUGUUUUGUUAUCUAUGUUAGACGGUGAAAUAAAUAAAAAGGUUACAGAAGAAAAUGCUGAAAGACCCAGUAACAUUUCCAGUAUCCCAGAAAUUACAGAUGUAUUAAUUUCAGAUCCAAAUUUUGAUUUGGCAUCAUUGAACUUUAUUAUAUUACCAGCAAUCGAAAAUGAUGAACCAUUUUCCUUGAGUUUUUAUAAAACUUAUUUCACUAAGGAAGAACUUAAAAAAGUCGGUGAUAUGUACCAACAUUUGGAUUGGUACAUGAGACGCCAUAAGUCUAUGGCUUCCAGCAUAAAUGAGGAGGAUUUGUGUAUAAUAUGUUAUUCAAAUAAAAACAAUGUAACUUUGAGACCGUGUAAACACCAAUGCUGCAAAUUAUGUAUAAAUCAUCAUGUACUUUAUUCACGUGUUUGUUUUUACUGUAAAGGAAGAAUUGAAUUAGUGGUGGAUGCUAAUAAUUCGUCGAUUGUAAUACAUGAUUUUGGAACUGAACCCCCACCAUUACUGUGACCCAAAGAACUCAACUACAGACCAAUAUCAUAUUUAUAUAUAUACAUAAAACAUAUACUAGUUAUUAUUGAAUAAACAAUUGAAAAUAUUGAUAUACUAUUGAAUUAAAAAAGUUAGGCAUUUAUGUAAAAUUAUGAUCGAUAAAACAAUCUAGCUACCUACUAUUUAAUGAUAUUAAAUAAUUGAUAUCAAAAUAACUAUAACAGAUCGAUAAAAAGCUGUGAAAUUCAAAACAUUAAUUUAUCAAUCUUUAAGAACAUAAUUAUAAACUCAUUAUAAAUUAUCCUUAAAGUUGAUAUUGACAAGUACAAAACUAAUCUUCGUUCUUUCUCAGUGUAGAGUAACUUUCUAGUAAUAUUUCUAAUGUUUUGUAAUACUAUUUCUUGUUACUAAAAUAAAAAAUGUAUUAUUUAUUAUUAUUAUAAUAUAAUAAAUGCUUAUAUAAAAAAAAAAAAUGUCGAAUAUAUGUUUUAAAUACGUGAAUGGUAAUUUAUUUUAUAUAUAUAAAAUGGUUUCAUACUUUUUUUAUUACUGAUAAAUAAAAAAAAAUCUUAAAUAAAAAUUUAACAAAAAUGUAGCAAUAAUUAAAAAAUAAUAAUGAUUUCCGUUUCUUCGGAAAACACUUUUCAGGGUAGAAAAUUAACUGACACUGUUUAACGAGGGUUUGUAAAUUGAACAAAGUCCUCUUUUUGAAUUUCCUAAUAAUUUUCAAGAAACAAAGUACAAAAUAUCUGAAGAAAUCUUAAGUAAAUAUGAUAUUAAAUUUGAAUACAAUUUCGACUAUUUUGGGCUAAACCAAGUUCCACUCAAAAUUUAUAUAAAAAAAAAUAUAAUAAUGCAUUCAAAUUUUAAAAGAGCCGUGAACAACCCUUAGUUGGUCUCCUUUUUAAUAUGCAUCGAGUUAUAUUGUAUUUGAAUAUUAUAUAAACUCUUUAGUAUAGUACCUACCUAUUGUACAACGACAUUAUGUUUGGAUAUUAAUUUUACUAAAACACGUUUUAAAUACACCGGUUAUUCUUGGUUGAAUAAUAAAAAUUAACGAAUAUACAAAGAUCAAUACUUUGUAU